AAUGAAUUUAAUAUUUUAUUUUAUUUAUUUCCUCUCCACACUUGACUUGGGAACAAAGCAUUAGACUCAGUGUCCUUGCAUUUUGUGGUGGGCACAACGUCAUGGGCAGAAAUUGUUAGAAGAUGGUAGAAAGUUGUGCGAGAACGAUGGCGACAUUGUUGCUCUGUCUCUUGGCAAUCUCUGCACUCGCUCUCGCUUCUUCUCCAUGCUCUUUAACUGGGUUACCGCUGGUGAGAAAUAUCAGUGAGAUUCCUCAGGAUAACUACGGUAGGGCAGGUCUAUCUCACUUAACUGUUGCAGGUUCAUUAAUGCAUGGACUGAAAGAGGUUGAAGUAUGGCUACAAACAUUUUCACCUGGAACACACACCCCAAUUCAUAGGCAUUCCUGUGAAGAAGUUUUUAUUGUUCUCAAAGGGAGUGGUACUCUUUAUCUUGCAUCAAAUUCACAUGGAAAAUAUCCUGGAGAGCCACAGGAGCACUUUAUCUUUCCAAAUAGCACAUUUCAUAUCCCUCUUAACGAUGCUCAUCAGCUUUGGAACACCAAUGAGCACGAGGAUUUACAAGUGCUUGUUAUAAUAUCUCGUCCACCAGUUAAACUGUUUAUAUAUGAGGACUGGUCCAUGCCUCACACUGCAGCGAAAUUGAAAUUUCCCUAUUACUGGGAUGAGAUAUGUUAUCAAGAACCCCUAAAAGAUGAACUAUGAUUUGUUGUUAUGGUUUACACAUUAUAUUCCUGAGAUUUUUCUGUCGCUGUAAAGUAUUUUCUUUACUUGAAAUUCAAAAUUGUUAAGACAGUUUCAUAUUGUUUAGUCUUAUAUCUCUAUUUGUUUGAUGAAGACUCGAAUA